AUGUUGGCUUUAGUCGUCAUAUACUUGGCCUGCGAGCUUCUCAUCUGGGGUCUGAGCUGCAUCCUCGUCCACGCCGAUAUCACCUUCUUCGCACCUGUGCUCGCCAUGGCCAUUGUAUUUUUGGCGAAGAUGGCAAUCUGCUCUGUCUUCCCGAGUUGCGAGGUCUUUUACACCGAGUGGAUUCGAUCCAAGGUCAACUUCAUCAACGUCCACAUGAGCAUUGGCUUCCCCAUACCGAUCGUCAUGCUUGGCGCGACAACCAUGAUCCAGUCUAGGCAGAUUGCCUAUGUUGUCGGGGCUUUUGUCAUUACUAGCGUCCUUUCGUGGACAGUCGUCUUCAUCGUGUCCCUGAUGGCAAUGAGACUCAUCUCCGCACUUGGCCAGACCCUAAGACAGCCCUCAGAGUCCCCCAGUAUCUCAGCCGUCGUGUGCAAGCUGAUUGGCAGCUACAGGUCGACUGUAGUCAGCAAUAGCGACAGUAUCGAUCAGGCAGAAGGCACGACACCGACGACGAGUCCGAGGUCAUCCAUUGACAGCCCGAAUUCUUCUUCAUCGGGCAAAAUAGUACCAUCGUAUGAUCGCCCGGCCAAGGUCUGCAUCUUCUACCCUAUGGUUGUCUCCAUGGCGUGCGCGCUCAUCAUCGGCGCCCCCAUUACCGCAGCGACAGGCGAUUCUCGCAUCCUUGACGGGUGCGUCCUGUGGUUUGUAUGGAUCACAGCCCACCGGACACAGCAUCUGUUCAAGACGUCCAACGCUCUCCCAGACCACGAAACACUCAAGAACACCUUCACCACACUUAUGAACCCUGUCCUCCUGGCCACCUUGACUCUGAUGGCCUACGUGAGGGCCAGGGCUGCCGCAACUCCAGGUCUCAGCCUGGACACUGUUCUGGACAACUUCAGCGGCGGACAGCCUCUGUAUGCCCUGUGGACGGCCAGCGUGACGGGGACUGCCCUGCCCGACAAUCCUACCCUGUACUUUGGUGCAGGCGACGCGGCUCUGUCGCUUCUGGAAUGCGGCAUCGUCGUGUGGGGGUUCAAGCUGUCCGAAUGCCAGGAGAAGAUGUUCACCACGGCGGGGCUCCUGACGGUCACUGUCUCCAUGGCUGCAGCGGCGGCCAACGUCUUUCUUUCCGUGGGGUGCGCACGCAUAUUGGGUGUCAACGCACCCGAGGCGCUUUCCUUCGCGGCACGUAGCACGACUCUUGCACUGGCAAAGCCGGCCAUCGAGGCUGUGGGUGGGAAUCUGGGCGUCAAUGCGACGCUGGUGGUGAUCAACGGCAUCCUGGGCCAGCUCAUCUACCCUUUCGUUCUCGGUGCAAUGGGUAUCGCACGAGAGGUAACUCGGGUGUCGACGAACCACGGUAGGAAGCAAGAGAGAGGUGAUGGGCCAGGGCUGCUAAAGGGACGGUAUGAUGAGGAGGGCCCGGACCGGGAGAUGGACGAGCAUGAUACCGAGCAAGAUGAUGCCAUGACGAUUGCGACGGGCACAUCCAUCGGCAUCAACGGCGCGGCCAUGGGAGUCGCGUACCUGUAUGAGACGAGGAGCCGGGCAGCUGCGUAUGCGGCUCUGUCGAUGACGGUGUUUGGCGCCAUGACCGUUGUCUUUACUACUUCCGAGCCCUUCAAGGGGCUUGUCCUUGACCUGGCGGGAGCGUGA